UUACCCAAACAACACUGCCAUAGCAAGGACAUCGUUCAAGGCGACAGCUAUAUCACUGGAAGCAUAAUUUAUGCCUUUGCUCGAUUUAAAGAGAGGACUUACCCUUGACUGACCUUUACUGAGUGGACAACUGAGCAGACGGUCUUUAGAGUAAGAACAUAUGCUUAUCCGCGCCGGGGCGACAAAAACAGCAGAGCGCUACACUAAGAUCACCUAAACGCGACUGCAAGCAGCUUACGUUAGCAAGUGAAAAGACGGCUUGACGCACACCAGCUGACUUAAAACAACACGCUGUUUGCUAUAUUUUUUCCACGGUGGCUGCGUCAAGAGUACCCCGUCGAAGGAGGACUGCACGACAUUACCCACGACUCAUAUAAUUCUCAAUUUUUAAUCAACAGACCUCUUGAGUGCCGCCGGUUACGUCAAGCGUGCCUCAGUUCAUUGGGAAUUGGCAUUCACAUGAUGUACACAAUAACAAGAGGUCCCAGCAAACUUGUUACACAACGAAGAACAGCAUGGCAGGAAGUAGAGCAGAAGCUUGGAGAUGGGGGGCAGCCAGAGAAUGGAAAAGGCCCAGUGCAAUACGCUGAGAGAACCCCCAGUCCGGGCAUGAAGAACUUUGUGCCAAUAGAUUUGGAGGAGUGGUGGGCCCAGCGCUUCCUCGCUAACAUCGCUAACCUGUCAUGACAAACAUACUGUUGGACGUCCAGGGUGAGACCACGAGGUGCUCUCUGUAUGAGAUGAUUAGGAGAGGGGGGCGGGGGACAGACUGACUUUCCUGCCGUGUCGAAGUUGUCUAAUCGAAAUCAGGGAACCCAUAAUGCUGUGCAAGUCUGUGCUACAGCAAAGAUGCACCUCUGACUACAUUUCAACCAACUGAUUAGAGUUCCUCCCCUGGUGACCACCUUCUGGUGAGCCAAUCAGAAAGAUGGAAGAUGAUCUGUGAUUUUUUUUUUUUUCUUUUUGCCUUUUUGUUUUUUUUUGAGAACUUUUCAUGCUGUGUGCUGAGAUGAGAUGUCUGUUUUUCUUGGCUGGUCUUUGCAUAAAAUAUGUGAAAAAGGGAUUAAAAAAAAGUAAAAUGUUUUUCAAGA